UACGACAUCACGGGCGACGAGCGGGGAUAGAAAAAACGACCCAAAUAUGAGCGGUCAGCGGUGAAACAGCUUUUACACUUCAUUUAGAGACAUAUAAUUUGUUGUUCCAGAGACAAUCGUGUUGUAAAGCCGAAAUGUUAACAGUUUACUUCACAAUUUAAGCAAUUUUUCAAAAGUGUUGAUUGAACUCAUAUCUUUUACUGCUUUAAUAAACAAUGGAGGCUUCGGGGAGGGAGUCAGUGGCAUUUGGAAAGGCACCAAGAAUAAUUAUAUAUAUGGUUUGUAGCUAGCUGCGUGACGUGCGUGACGAAAAAAAAAGUAUCAUGAUUUCCGGUUGUCAAAAAUGUCAAUCAAAUUUGGCAGGAACUUGGUUUUCGCACUGUAGUUUGCUUUUAAUGGAAGAUUUUGCCAUGGAUGAAGACCAAAAGCUAACAAUGUUAAGAGAUUUAGAGAUCGACUUUUUGAAAGAACAUCUCAAUGGCUUUUCUGUUGAAGGCAAUUAUUGUUUUGGAUAUUUCGAGGGAAACAGAGCAGAGAUGGAUGAUCUGUUAGUUUCAUUUCAGGCAUUGAACUCCACGUGUUAUGUACUUACAGAAAGCCAUUCAAAAGAGAAAAACCACAACAGAUUUUCUCAAACAGCUGCGGCCAGUUUUUCCAUGCAAGUUGUCUGGAUGUGCCUUUCGCGGAGACGCUUACGCAACAUUUCACCUGCCCUUAGGGUGGCUUCUUGUCAGCACAAGUAGAGUUUAAAUUUUAAAGCUGACUAUAACAACGAACCAGAUGAUGAACUUAAUGUCAUGUACAGACCUUAAUUUGCAAGAUAAGAAAUACAGUCCUUGGUAGUCAAUU